GUGGGGAGGAGCUAAAGGAGAGUGGGGAGGGGCCUGAGGACGUCACCAACCAGCUCUUUACACUCCAGCAUGGCUUCGGCCACAUCCAACUGCCAGGCCGGGCUGUUGCGUUUUCUGCGUCUAGUCGGGCAGCUCAAGAGAGUCCCACGGACUGGCUGGGUAUAUAGAAACGUUGAGAAGCCGGAAAGCGUGUCAGAUCACAUGUACCGGAUGGCAGUUAUGGCUAUGGUGACCAGAGAUGACCGUCUUAACAAGGAUAGAUGUAUACGCCUAGCCCUGGUUCACGAUAUGGCAGAAUGCAUCGUUGGGGACAUAGCACCUGCAGAUAACAUCCCUAAAGAAGAAAAGCACAGAAGAGAGGAGGAGGCCAUGAAAGAGAUAACCCAGCUGCUGCCAGAGGACCUCAGGAAGGAGCUAUAUGAACUCUGGGAAGAGUAUGAGACCCAGUCUAGUGAAGAAGCCAGGUUCGUGAAGCAGCUGGACCAGUGUGAAAUGAUCCUUCAGGCAUCAGAGUAUGAAGACAUGGAGAACAAGCCUGGGAGGCUUCAGGACUUCUAUGAUUCCACAGCAGGACCAUGUCGAUGUUGGAAGAAAUGGCGCUGACAGAAGAGAACUCAAGCUAAUGGACUGUCUAACAAAUGAAACCAGUAGGGAAGAUGUGGAUUUAGCACUGCACAACUGGCCUCUUCCUUAGCACGCAUGCUCCAGAAAAUGGUCGUGUUUUUCUGGUUGUGGCACAGCAUGAAGGUUGCUGAGAACCAUGGGUAGAAGGGACUGGCAGGGGAGGAGGAAGCUGCAGACUUUCUCACACAGCCUCACAGACUCAACAUAGUGUGCUUACCCAAUAGAAUGAGACCUGCAGCCAGGCAGCAUGGAAGAAAAGAAUGGGGCAGAGUUAGCACAGACUGUGAAGAAAUGUUCCCCUUGUGGUUUUUGUUCCUUUGUAAGAGCCCAAAAGAAAGGUUUGAGCAACCCUAUGCACUGUUCUUUUGAGUACACACUUUGCCUUCUCUGUGCAUGCUGAGGGCAAAGGGUCCUAUGACCCUGAGUAGCUAUGGAAACCCUAGGAUGCUUGAGUCCUUGGAUAGAGUCCCUCAGUGUUUGCACAUUGCUUCUAUACUCAUUGCUUGCAUUACGUGUGGUACCUAACACAGGUUAAAAGUCUAUAACAUUUGCCAGGCCUUUUUACUAAGAGAAUCUUAUUACAAAAAAUUGUACAUGCUCAAUAAAGAUGAAUUACAACCUUUUCAA